AUUUUUCCUUCGUUUUUAGCAGUAUUUGCUUACAGAGACAGUUCUGAUAUGAAAAAGCUGAAGUUUUUCGUUCCAUUUUGUCAAAACUUUCAAAAAAAAUCGGUUUAUAUAUAAAUAUGGGAAAACCAAAAGAGAAAUCAUCUUUUCUCUGCUCUAAAAUUACAUCAAUUUUUUGGAUUCCAUGAAAAUUCCUUCAAAAAAAUCUCAUUUUUUUAAACCUAUUUUGACAGGGUUCAUGGAUGGACUUAAUAUUCCUAUAGGUUUCAUGAAGUAUUUAAGGGGACAGGAUUAUAUUAAACAUGCAUUACUGAAAAGUGCUGGUAAAAAGUGGCUGGUGAAAGUGAAUGGCCGGCGAUUCAAAGAAGGCUGGAGAAAGUUUGUCGAGGAUCAUGAUUUACAGUUGGGAUAUUUGUUGAUUUUCAGACAUGAAGGAGAUAUGGAGUUUGAUGUUUCCAUAUUUGAUUCAACUCAUUGUGGCAGAGAAUAUGUAGAGUAUUUGCAAGUAGAACAAGAACAAAAACAACGACAACAAGAAGAAGAAGAAGAAGAAGAAAAAGAAGACGAUGAUGAUGACGAAGAAGAAGAGGAAGUAGAAGAAGUAGUUCAUACUACUGAAGAGACUUCCAUGGAUUUUGAAUUCAAAGAAAAAUCGAGCUCCAGCAUUGAGUCGUCAGAUGAGGCUUCUUCCCAUUCUGAAGCUUCUACCGACAAGUCUUUUGGCCAUUCUCGUUUUAUAUGCAAUAUUACCGCAUGUUGCUUUUCAUAUGGUUACUUGCGCAUUCCUAAGCAUGCUGCAUUUGCAAACGGUCAUGUCACGAAUAAGAAGUAUGAUUUGCUUAUAAGAGAUGAAAAGCAAAGGUCGUGGAAUGUAAAGCUACAUUCUUGUCAAACUCAAACCUAUAUUGGAGGUGGAUGGCGUAAAUUUAGUGCUGAUUGUUGCUUAAAGGAGGGAGAUCGUAUUAUCUUCGAGAUUGUUACUGGUGGAGAGACACCUAUAUGGAAAUUUCAAGUUGUUACUGAUGCAAAAACUCCAAUGAGGAAGUUUCAGGGUCUGCGGUUCUGCUACUGGUUGCCCUGGCUCCUCUGCUUAUCUGGCAUAGCGUUGUGCUUUGGAUCUUACUUUCGCGAAAAUGCUACCGAAAGCCCAAAGCCUUGCGUCAUGUCAUCAAACAAGGAUUUACCUGAUGUAGAAGCUGCUAAGGACAUGCCUUGGUCUCGCCCUCAUUUCAUUUGUACCAUCACACACAGUUGCAUUUCAAAGUAUUUGCUGCAUGUUCCAACACUAUUUGCACGGGAAAAUGGCCUUGACAGGAAAUGUAGGGUAAAGAUAAGAGAUGAGCAGCAAAGGUCAUGGAUGUUUAAGCUGUAUGUUACUGCGCACAACAUUUUCAUUGGGGGCAUAUGGCAUGAAUUUUGCUCUGCUAAUUUCUUAAAGGAAGGAGAUCGCGUAAUGUUUGAGAUGUUUUCCAAGGGAGAGGGACUCGUAUUGAAAUUUCAUGAUUUGAGAGCAAAUGCAUCACUUCAGCGCGAACAAAAGAAGCCUAAUUUGGAUGUUAAAAGAGUUUAUACUCAAGGUCUCAGGAUUGAGCCCUCGGAUGUGCCUGCUCCAAAAGCACAACUACCUACUCCAACAUCUGCUAACACGAACCCUCAUUUUAUUGCUACUAUCAAGUCUAAUACCAUCAGCAGAUCCGUUUUGUAUCUUCCAAUGGCUUUUAUAAAAUCAACUGGCUUGAUGAAUCGACGUAAGAUAAUUCUCACAGAUGAGAAACAGAGAUCAUGGCCAGUUCAGCUAACUCAAAGGGUGGAUCGCUUUGUAAUUACCAAGGGAUUUCAAAAGUUCAUGAAAGCAAAUGGUGUCCAAGUUGGAGAUACUUACAAGUUUGAACUCAUCGACGACAGAACAAUACAUGUAGUGUAUUUCCCUUGUAAAUAUGCUGUAAAGGAUGAAAAAGCAUGAGAGAAACCACAAGGAAUACUGAAGAAUAUGAUGUUUUUUGUUUGUUUUUUUUUUGGAUUUAUUACAUGUUGGCUAAUCUAAAGAAAAUGUACUUUGAUUGUUGUUCUUCAAAAGCCAAACAUGUUUUUGUUAGCAUUAUUCCAUGUAAGAGUGUAUAUGGAUGGUUUUUGUUUUUUUUUGGUUGUUGUUAGAGAUUUGACAUUACAACUUCUCAUUCUUUAUACGCUCUUCGUUUCAAUUUGUGUGUCAUAUUUUUUUUCCUUCAUAGUAUAUCACUAAUUCUAAUUUUCUACACGACAUAAUUAAAACUAUAAGGUUGAAGAAUAUUGGUAUAUUCUACGUAUCAUUAGUCUUAGAUUACAAUAUUUAAAAGUUUUUUUUUUAUUUUCUUUAACUCUAUGUUAAGUUAAAUCAGACAAAUAAAUUAAAAAGAAAGGAGUAAUAGUUUAUGUUUUCGUCCUGCAAAUCAAACGUUUUAGCAGCUUGAUACCUCUUUAGUUGUUACAACUCCGAAUAUCACA